AUAUGGCGGCGCCCGCGUGGCUGCGCCGCUGCUCCCGGCUGCUGGCCCCGGCCAGGCUCCCGAGCGUUUCCGCCGCGCGGGCGAAGUUCUACGUGCGGGACCUGCCUCACGCCCAGCCCGACUGGCUGAAAGUUGGCCUGACCUUGGGCACCUCGGCCUUUCUGUGGUUCUAUCUCAUCAAGCAGCAUAAUGAAGAUGUUUUAGAGUAUAAAAGAAGGAAUGGAUUGGAAUAAACUUUUGGAAUACUAACACAGUAUGCUCCGUAGAGUGAUAAAACAGUUCCUCUGGAUCCAGGUCUGUUGAGUUUUUAAUGUGAGAUGUUAUAUGUGAAUAUUUGUCAAGCCAGCAUUUGUGUUUUACAUCAUUACAUGAAAAAAUAAAAAUCCUCCUGUAUUCAGACUCUGUAAAAAAAAA